GGUGAGGAUAUAUAAGGGGCUUCACGCCAGCCGGCGAAUCAGUUGAUUGAGAAAGCGAGGGGAGUCUGUGACGAUAAUACGCCGACGAGACUUUAAACAAAAGUAACCGGCUUCGUUGAGUAAUUUGACAUAUUUUUUUGAGGGUUCUGCUGGAGCUGUUGAUAUCGGCUUCUUCGAGUUUGUCGACACCACGGAGUGACAACGAGCCGUUGUUGUCGGUUGAUAUUUUUUUAUUGGUCCGGUUAUUAGAGGUGCUUCUGUGAUUUCUAUUCAGAGACAAUGGAGGUUUUAUCGUGCCCUGUUAACGUCAAUUUCAGUAACAGUAGAGCUGGAUAUGUGACUGACGAAUUGGACGGUGCAUGUCAGGCACUGGCCAAGAGACUCGAGGUCGAACUACGGGCGGCUAAACAUGCUCAGUUGACGUGCGGCGAGGUAUUAUUGCCGGCUGAUCUCCUACCCAGAAUAGCCAAAGAUGUUCUGACAAUGGCAGAAAACGAGCCCUGCGGUCUCAGAGGUUGCACACUGUUCAUAAACUUCGAAACAGACAGUAUGUGUCGAAGACUAUCGAGAAUACAGUGUGAUCCCAACACAGUAUCAACAUUCGAACUCUAUUUAACUCUCAAACAGGACCAUACAUCGUGGCACAUACUCCUGCCGCAGUUUCUCAAAAAUCUCACCCGCGGCGGUACGAUAAUGAUCAGCCGUGAUUUCACUCUGGAAAAGAAAAAACUCUACAGAUCCUAUCAGCAGGAGCAUUGAAGGAGUUACGUAUCACGGUAGAAAAAAAAAAACAAGUAUUUGAGGAGAAAAACUGUAAAAUAUGGUUCGUCCUUGUUUUAACCAUAAAAAUACAAAAGGCAUGCCUGAUCAUUGGCAUUGUCUACCCAGUGACUCAUCGAGACAGCCUGUGAGACUCAACAUUUCAAUAUUGAAGUGAUAAAGAUGAAAAAAACAAAAUGUAAGUUUGAUUGUUCAAUCAACAUCACUUGCUUCUGGAAUAUCGUUUACAAUCGAUUAAUCGAACGAUUGAAAUAUUAAUUGUAAGAGUAAUCAUGAUAUUAGGGGUGUGGGAGAUAUAUUUCAAUGUUGAGAGAAAAUAUUUCGUGCCUCGAAUUCAUUUUAUUUAUUUUUUAAUUUUAUUUUGAGGUAAAAGAGAAGUACAUUGUGAUAGCAAUUUCAAUGGAUAAAUGAUAAAAAUACAAAUUUUAUGUAGUCAUAGUCAGUAUGCUCUUCUAAGAAGAGAUAUAUCAUCGUUGGUGGAAAUGCCUCAGUGAGACUUGUAAGACAAAAUAUUAUAAUUAUGAUAAUAAAAUCGAGAAAUCAUUUGCCACGUGA